UCCCAACGAAAACAAACACGUACCUCUUCAUGGGAAACCUUUACAACUGGAUCCGACUCAGAUGCCUCUUCUACCAGCACCACCACACGUCCUUUUUUAGGGGUUCCUUCCACACAAGAAGGGGCAACAGGGGACACUCCAGGCAAAAAAAGACAGGCUGCAGACUCGCAGCGAGACCCUCAAAAAAAGCCACAAGGACAAGGG